UCAUCGAUUGACCACUCUGCUUCGGUCCCAGUUCACCCCCCCAGUUGAUUUCGCACGCUCACACCACCCGGGAGGUGCCACCUUACUAUUGUUUUUCUUCCCCAGGUCGCUAGUGGAUAACCUGUCCCCCCCCGACUCGUUUACAAACAACGUCUUCUUGUAAUCUCUGUCCUUUGAAAUACAAGAAAGCAGUACAAGAUGACAGCUGCAGCGGUAGAAGCUUCAAACUCCCUCGUGUCGGACGGGCAGGACGAGAUCGGCGUCGUCCAGCUUGAUCCCUGGUUGUCACCGUUCAAGGAUACUAUCAAGCGUCGACACGCCAAAGCCCAGGAAUGGAUCAAGACGAUUGACGACACCGAAGGCGGGUUGGAACAAUUCUCGCGAGGUAUAGAGAAGUUUGGGUUCAAUGUCACCAAAGACAACAGCAUCGUCUACAGGGAGUGGGCCCCAGGUGCCACGGAAGCGUACCUCAUCGGAGACUUCAAUGGCUGGGAUCGGGGCUCUCAUCCCAUGAAGAAGAAUGACUAUGGAGUAUGGGAGAUUGUGCUACCCGCCGCCAAUGGCGAGCCUGCCAUCCCGCACAACUCGAAACUCAAGAUAUCCAUGACCACACCCAGCGGCGAUCGAAUCGACCGACUACCAGCCUGGAUCAAGUACGUGACUCAAGACCUGUCCGUAUCCCCUGCCUACGACGCCCGGUUUUGGAACCCGCCACAGGCCGAGAGAUAUACCUUCAAGCAUGCACGACCAAAGAAGCCUCAAAGCGUCCGCAUCUACGAAGCACAUGUGGGGAUCUCUUCGCCCGAGACACGAGUUGCAACCUUCAAAGAGUUUACCAAGAACAUGCUGCCCAGAAUCAAGCACUUGGGAUACAAUGUGAUUCAACUGAUGGCUGUCAUGGAACAUGCAUACUAUGCCAGUUUUGGUUACCAAAUCAACAACUUCUUUGCCGCAAGCAGCAGAUACGGCACCCCCGAGGAUCUCAAAGAGCUUAUCGACGAGGCUCACCGUCUAGGGCUUGUCGUGCUGCUCGAUGUUGUUCAUAGUCAUGCUUCCAAGAACGUCUUGGACGGACUGAACGAGUUCGAUGGUACGGACCACCUGUACUUCCAUGAGGGCGCCAAGGGUCGACACGAGCUUUGGGAUAGCCGGCUGUUCAACUACGGUCACCAUGAAGUCCUGAGGUUCCUUCUGAGCAACUUGCGCUUUUGGAUGGACGAGUACAAUUUUGACGGCUUCCGCUUCGAUGGUGUCACAAGUAUGCUCUACACCCAUCAUGGUAUUGGUACGGGGUUCUCUGGCGGUUACCAUGAAUACUUUGGCGCGGGAGUGGACGAAGAAGCCGUGGCCUAUCUUAUGGUUGCGAAUGAGUUGCUCCACGACUUAUAUCCAGAGACAAUCACAAUUGCAGAAGAUGUUUCGGGUAUGCCAGCACUGUGUGUUCCACUUUCUCUCGGUGGUGUAGGAUUCGACUACCGAUUGGCCAUGGCUGUUCCGGAUAUGUGGAUUAAGCUCUUGAAGGAGAAGACAGAUGACCAAUGGGACAUGUCAGACAUUUGCUGGACUCUGACGAAUCGGCGACAUGGCGAGAAGACGAUUGCUUACGCUGAAUCGCAUGACCAGGCUCUUGUGGGUGACAAGACCUUGAUGAUGCAUUUAUGCGAUGCAGAGAUGUACACCAACAUGUCCACCUUAUCCACCUUAACACCUACUAUCGAUCGUGGUAUGGCGUUGCACAAGAUGAUCCGGCUACUGACCCACGGUCUCGGAGGUGAGGGCUACCUCAACUUCGAAGGAAACGAGUUUGGACAUCCCGAAUGGCUCGAUUUUCCCAGAGAGGGCAAUAACAAUUCCUUCUGGUACGCUCGUCGCCAGUUAAACCUGCCCGAGGACGACUUACUUCGGUACAAGAGCCUCAACGAGUUCGACCGUCAGAUGAACCUCACAGAAGAGAGAUAUGGCUGGCUGCACACACCCCAGGCUUAUAUCAGCCUCAAGAACGAGAGCGACAAGGUUGUCGUGUUUGAGCGUGCCGGCGUGGUGUUUGUCUUCAAUUUCCACCCAACUAACUCUUACACUGAUUAUCGUAUCGGCAUUGAACAGCCUGGUACGUACAAGGUUGUGUUGAACACGGAUCGGAAGGAGUUUGGUGGCCACGAUCGAAUCGAUGAAAAUACGCGGUUCUUCACUACGCCUAUGGAAUGGAAUGGACGCAAGAACUGGACUCAUAUCUACAGUCCGGCACGCACUGCAUUAAUCUUGGCUCUCGAGUAGCUAACAUAGGUUGAUUGGGUUUUAGACUAGAAUAUUGGCGCGAAUGAAUCAUUGCAUUUUGUCCUAAUGA